AUGGCGACCCAGAUGUUCGAGGGGAGAGGGCACGCAGCCGUCUACCAGAAAUACAGGUUUUCCCCAGGCAAAGAGCUGCAGGAAACCAUCCUCACCUACCUGCAGGAAAAGAGGGCAAACCCUGCUGAGCUGGCGGUGGAUGUUGGCUGUGGGUCUGGACAAGGCACCCGCUUCCUCGCAGAGCACUUCAAGAAGGUGGUGGGAACGGACAUCAGCGAAGCGCAGAUCCAGGAGGCCAAGGAUGCCCCCUCCCCACCCAACGUCUCCUACCUCGUGUGCCCUGCAGAAGAGCUGCCGUUCGAGGAUGCCUCGGUGGACCUCCUGGCUUCAUUUACAGCUGCACACUGGUUUGAUACCGAGAAGUUCAUGAGAGAAGCAAACCGGGUGGUUAAGCCGGGUGGUUGUGUGGCCAUCAGCACCUACACCGUGGACAUGAGUGUGCGCUACGGGAACUGCUCCGAAAAGCUGACCAAAGUCUUCAGAGAGUCCUGGGACCUGGUUUUAAAAUACGCGCAUAAUAGAAUAAAACAUGUCUUGGAAGACUACAAAGAGAUCUUUGAGGCCUUGCCAUUUCCAGACAAGAAGAGAAUCACUGAUAUCUUUGACAAAAUUCCCAUGACGGUUGCUGGUGUCAUUGGUUACGUGGAGUCUGCCUCUCCAUAUCAAGUCUUUAUGAAGAAUGACCCCAAAGCUGCAAAAUCCCUCCUCCAAGAGACUGAAAAGAGGAUGCUGGAGGUGAUGGGAGCUUCUUCUCCUGAAACCCCAGUGGAGUUCUGGGUGAGGCAUGUCUGUCUGCUGGGGUGCAAGGGACGGUGA